UGUUUCCCAUCUCUCUUUCUCUCUCUAAAACUCUGGUGAGUGAGUGAGUAUUGUUGUUUGAUUCAAAAACACAUAAAUAAAUUAGAAAAAAGUAGGGCUUUUUCUAUUUUAAAAUAUUUUUUUUUUCUUAUCUUUUUCUCUUUAACACCUGGCGGCGACAUAUACACUUUCACCGUGCUUCCUUCUUCUUAAUACCUCUUAUCUGUUAUGUCCAAGAUGAUUGUAUAUUGUUAAAUCAGAAUAGAGUACGUUACUUUCCGAUUCAAUCAAUUUCUCCUCUUGCAAAAAGAAACAGGAUGGAAGAUGGUGGGCAGCGUGAAAAUGGGCGCAAUAGAUUUGAAUUCUACAAAGGAGGGCAUAAUCCGUGGAAUCUUAUGCCUUCUCAAUGCCAAGUGAAGGAUCAAAAUGUCAUGAUGAGGUCUAGUAAAUCUGAAAAAAGUGUAGCUAUUGAAGAGCGGAACCGGGCGAUCUCGGAAAAAGAAGCAGCAAUACAGGAACGAGAUCUGGCAAUCCAGCAGCGGGAUGCAGCAAUAGCUGAAAGAAAUGAUGCCAUAAGGGAAAGAGAUAAUGCCAUUGCAGCCCUCCGUUUCCAAGAAUCCACCAUGAACAGCCUUCUCAGAGGAUCUAAACGAACCCAUAACAAUCAACGCCUCAACGCACGGCCAUUAUAUGGGCAGGACCCUCAUGUAACCGAAGCAUUCCCGAUAACUGCUGUUCCAGCUGAGCUUGUUAACAAGUCAAAGAUAACAAAGGAGACCCGAUCUCGCAAUGGCAGUGGUGGCAACAGUUUAUCAAGAUCUAAGAAACAGAAGAAAGUGGGGGAGGAUUUGAACAGGAAUGUAACCACAGAUGGUUCAAAAGCAGAGUGGGAUGCUCAAGAACUUGGAUUGAUAGACCAGAUCAGUUUUGAUGAGACAACAAUGCCGAUUCCCAUUUGCACGUGCACUGGUGUGGCAAGGCAAUGCUACAAAUGGGGUAGUGGUGGGUGGCAGUCAUCCUGUUGCACCACCACCUUAUCGGUUUAUCCACUCCCACAGAUGCCUAACAAACGUCAUUCCAGAUUAGGUGGUAGAAAAAUGAGUGGAUCAGUUUUCACCAGGUUGCUUAGUCGACUUGCUUCACAGGGCUAUGAUCUGUCAGCACCGGUCGACCUAAGAAACUACUGGGCGAAACAUGGUACAAAUCGCUACAUUACUAUUAAGUAAUAAUAAUGGUUUUACCCUUCCAAAUCUAUGCUUUUGAAAAGGGAACAUGUUUAGGGGUGAGUUGUAGGAAUCCUGCAGGGUUUUUUUAGGUUUUUAAUGGAUUGUAUGCAAGUGUAUUGCUGCAUGGUUAGUGGAA